AUGGUGAGCGCCGCCACAGGGGCCUUUGGGGUGGUCCUGGAGAAGCUGGCCGACAUGAUAGGUGACGCGUGCGCGCGUCUCGUGGGCGUGUGCGGCGAGGUGACGUUCCUCAAGGCAGAGCUCGAACACAUGGGCGCGUUACUCGUAAGGCUGUCCCGGGUGAGCACCCCGACGAGCAGGCCAGGAAGGUGGCGUCGCAUCAGCGAAGCAGGCAAGCAGCUGAAGGUGGUGUCCGUUGUGGGGUUUGGUGGGAUGGGCAAGACGACUCUUGCCAACCAAAUCUACUGCUCGUUCGGAGUGCAGUUCAAGUACCGAGCUUUCGUGUCCGCCUCUCAAAACCCUGACGUGGUGAAGGUUCUUAGAGGUAUUAUGAGCCAACUGAGCAAGCGUGAGUACAGUAGCACUGAAUCUGGGGAUGAGAGGCAACUCAUUGACAAGAUUCUAGAUUUCCUUCGAGACAAAAGGUACUUCAUUGUGAUUGAUGAUGUAUGGAGCGUAGAGACAUGGGAGAUUAUCAAAUGUGCAAUUUCCGGAAACAGUUUUGGUAAUAGAGCUGUUCGUAGGUUUAGCAUUUUCGGUCCUAGUCUCCUAGACAGACCUACAAAGAAUCUUCCUUGCUGUUUUCAAAAAAAAAAAAAAAAUCUUCCUUGCUUGCUCUUUGUCUGCGAUCGACGCCCUCCUAUCCCUGAAUACCACUUGGUCCUGAUCAAACUGCCGAGCACACACCCUCUGCCUGUUGACGGACGUGAGCUCGGGUCGCCGUCCGUCCGCCCGCCCGCCGGUCUCUUCCGCUUCCCCGCGGACAAACGCGAGGCCGCCGUCCUCCUCUGCUUUGGAAACAGGCCGCCCCAAGAUGCGUCGCAGCCGCAUCGCCAGGCCAUCCAGCACGAGGACGACCGGCUGGCCAAGCUCAAGAGGUCCAUCAACAAGAUGCGCGAGCCGCUGAUGCUGGCGGCGACCGUCUGGGCGUGGACGGCCUUCCUGUCCGCCCUGCAUCCCCCGGGCGGCUCCUGGAAGCACGGCAAAGACGGGCACGCCGCCGGCACCCCGGAUAUGGCUAGCCAUGGAGUUUUCAGAGUGUUGACCGCCAUGGCCUUCGCGGCCUCAGCGCUGCUCGAGGUGCUGCUCUCCAGCGAGCGGUUCUACAGGACCUGGGACGGGAUGGCACGGCUGCUGCUCGUCGCUCUCCUCGACGUCGCAUGCGUCGUCUCCGCCUACGUCGUCGGCGCCGACCCGAGUGACCCAACCCACAGCCCCGUCUUCCUCCUUGGCACCCUCAUGGUCUUGGUCUUCCUCUUCUUCGGCGUACCCAAGGCUUGGAGAUUUGCCGUCCGCUACGUUAGCGAGUAACAUGUUAUCUGGCCAAUUACUGUGCUGUGGACCAGGAUUAUCAAUCAGUAAUGCUGUAGGAGUAUAUGAUUUAGUAUAUGUACUGUAGGUAAAAGCGACUGACUGAAGAUGAUUAAGGGUACCGCCCCUGUGUACAGUAGCUGUUAGUGUUGUUAUUAUUAUUUUUUUGAAACGAAAGGGGUCGCCCCCCUGCCCCAACUUUUUAUUGA